AUGACGCGCAGGCAUGCUGCGUCACUAACCUGCGUCGACAGUCGAACCACACAAGGAUUCGGGCAAAUUGACUAUGGAGUUUUUUUCGCAACUGGAGGAAUUGUCCACAGUGUUCGUAGCGACAAUCCAAGUUGUCCAUCGCUAGCCGCAUCUGCAGAGGGAGAGAUGACAUUCUAUGCUGCUCACCAAGCUAACCUGUCGACCCUCUGA